UUGGGGCAUGUGGCUGGGUAUAAGCAAAGAAGAAGACAAUGCAAAAAAUGUGGGCAUCAAAUUAAUGAUUCGCUUAGACCAGCACGUUUUCAUUUGCGAAAAUGCCCUAAAGUAACAUUGAUCCAAAAAAAAAAUUAUUUUGGAAGUUCGUAUGAAGAAAGUGACAAUGAAACGUCUGUAAGUGCAACUACCUCAACAUCAUCAAAGGUCAUCUUAUAUUUUCGAUCACAUUAUGUUCCAAUCGCUAUUUUACGGCGACAUCAAUUAGCAACCUAUAGUCAUCGAGUAUCUUUAAAACUUCCGGUUAAAACAAGAUGGGGAUCUUGGGCGACAUGUCUAAAUUCAGUUAUACAAAAUAAACUAGCACUUAAGUUUGCUGUUCUAGAAAUGGUGCACAAUAACUCUGAAAAAGUACCCGAAUUGAUCAAAAAAAUAAUUAAUGAUGAAUUUUUUUGGAAGGAAGUUAAAAGUCUUCUUGCAAUUUUAGAUAGAUUGGUC